AAGAUGACAGUCUCAGGCUCCUGGUCUGCAGCACCAUGCUGGAUCCCAAGCCUCACUCUGCAAGUCGGAGGUGAAUCCAGGUGAAAGCCAGCUAUUGCAGUAGGUGUCAGGAUGACCAAAGCACGGCUCCUCCGUCUCUCUGUGGUGCUGGUCUCUAUCUUCAUGAUCCUCCUGAUCAUUGUAUACUGGGACAACGUGGGAACAGCUCACUUCUACCUGCAUACGUCCUUCUCCAGGCCUCAUUCCCCAGGAGCCAUCCCUGGUAUCGCAGCAGGUGAAGACUGGGAAGCCUUGCCAGAUGUGGAUGAAUUUUUGGCAAAGCUGCUUAGUUCGAGCCUGAAACAGAAUAGUUCUAUCCCCCGAAAGACAGAGCAGCUACUCGUCCAGGGCUCCAGCAAGCCUGUGGUGAGCAAUUUGGAGGAGAACGUGCGGGGCUAUGACUGGUCUACGCACAAUGACAGAAACAGCUUGGACCAAGAGAAACUGCAGAUAGAGAGGCAGAGAACGUUGCGGGAGUUUUGUGCCAAUUCCAGCUUCACCUUCCCCACCAAGGAGCGCUCCUUUGAUGACAUCCCAAACUAUGAGCUCAACCACCUGAUCGUGGAUGACCGCCAUGGCAUCAUCUACUGUUAUGUCCCCAAGGUGGCCUGUACCAACUGGAAACGGGUGAUGAUUGUGCUAAGUGAGAGCCUGCUAGACCAGGGGGUCCCAUACCGGAACCCUCUGGAUAUCCCCCGGGAACAUGUCCACAACACCAGCACCCACUUGACCUUCAACAAAUUCUGGCGCCGUUAUGGGAAGUUCUCCCGGCACCUCAUGAAGAUCAAGCUGAAGAAGUACACCAAGUUCCUCUUUGUAAGAGACCCUUUUGUCCGCCUCAUCUCUGCCUUUCGCAGCAAAUUUGAGCUGGAGAAUGAGGAGUUCUACCGGCGUUUUGCCAUCCCCAUGCUAAAGCUGUACUCCAACCAUACUAACCUUCCCACCUCCGUUAGUGAGGCCUUCGGGGCAGGCCUCAAAGUCUCCUUUUCUGACUUCAUCCAGUACUUACUGGAUCCCAGGACAGAGAAGAUGGCCCCCUUCAAUGAGCACUGGAGGCAGGUUUACCGUCUGUGCCAUCCGUGCCAGAUAGACUACGAUUUCAUCGGAAAGCUGGAGACGCUGGAUGAGGAUGCUGCUUAUCUAUUGCAGCUCCUCAAAGUGGACAGGCUGCUUCGCUUCCCUCCCAGCUACCGGAACAGGACUGCCAGCAGCUGGGAGGAUAACUGGUUUGCCAAAAUCCCACAGGCUUGGAGGCAGCAGCUCUACAAGCUUUAUGAAGCAGAUUUUGUACUCUUUGGCUACCCCAAGCCAGAAAACUUGCUUAAAGACUAA